AGGCAUGUGACUGCGCGCCUUCGAGAACCAUCAGGCAGAUGCGGAGAAAGCGAGAGAUGAAACGGCGAAGCAUCACUGGAAGUUAAUGUAACUUUAGCAGCCGAAUACGGGAACUUUGACGGACGUAGGCCUACUGCAUUGCUGAUUUAGGAUUGCCCGCGCGUAAAUAAACGCGAAUUAACAGCCGUGCAUUUUUAAAGGCUUCGACCAUGGAUGCAGGCGCACCUGGGAAAAAGAGGGUGAGUUCAGAGCGAAGGAAGGAGAAAUCUCGGGAUGCGGCGCGUUCUCGGAGAGGAAAGGAGUCAGAGGUGUUUUACGAGCUGGCCAAAGAACUGCCCCUCCCCCACAGUUUGACCUCCAACCUGGACAAGGCUUCAGUCAUGAGACUCGCGCUUAGUUACCUGCGCCUGCGUAAACUACUAGGCACAGGUGUAUUGAGUGUUGAAACUGAAUUGGAAUCUCAGUUGAACAGUUCGGUUCUGAAAGCUCUGGAUGGGUUUCUCAUGGUUCUGUCUGUUGAUGGUGACAUGGUUUACUUGUCAGAGAAUGUGACCAAGUGUCUUGGCCUUCCUCAGGUUGACCUUACUGGACACAGUGUGUUUGAGUUUACUCAUCCCUGUGAUCAUGAGGAGCUCAGAGAGAUGCUAGCUCACAGGAUAGGUUUAUCUAAGAAAGGGAAAGAGCAUCAAACAGAUAGAAAUUUUCUACUCAGGAUGAAAUGUACACUGACUAGCAGAGGGCGUACCGUCAAUGUCAAAUCUGCCUCCUGGAAGGUUCUGCGCUGCUCGGGCCACGUCCACAUAGCUGACACACUCGAGAAGGUUGUGUGUGAGGAAAUAAGUCUGUGUUCGACAUACCUGGUGGUGAUCUGUGAGUCUAUUCCUCACCCGGGCAACAUUGAGGCACCGCUGGAUUCUAGAACAUUCCUCAGCCGCCACACUUUGGAUAUGCGCUUCACCUACUGCGAUGAUAGGAUCACAGAUUUGUUGGGUUUCGAUCCAGGGGAUCUAUUGGAGCAUUCUGUCUACGAGUACUAUCACGCCCUGGAUUCCGAUCAAAUGACCAAAACGCAUCAAAACCUGUUUGUGAAGGGACAGGUAUGUACCGGGCAAUACCGUCUGUUGGCUAAAGCUGGAGGCUUCGCCUGGGCAGAAACUCAGGCCACAGUGAUUUAUAACAAUAAAAACAACCAGCCACAGUGUGUGGUCUGUGUCAACUAUAUCCUCAGUGGCAUUGAACAGCCCAAAGAAAUUCUGUCCCUCCAACAGAUCAACAGCACAAAAGUAAAACAGGAAGAGGAGGAAGUCAAUGCAGAAGUGACCCUGGUGGUACGGAAAAUGGAGAGUAAAAAGGGCGAUGAGGAAAAUAAGUCUUUGAACCAUAUUGAUCUGCAGCCUACAGUGCUAUAUGAGAACCUGAAGGGGGAGCCAGAGAUACUGACAACUGUACACCCUGCAACAGCAUGCGCUGUGCUCACGCUGGAUAUCAACAGCACAGAUUCAGCAACCUCUGUGCUGAAAGACAUUCCGCUCUACAAUGAUGUCAUGUUACCCUCAUCCAGUGUCAUGCUGCCCCUCUCACCUCUGUCUCCGUCCACUGAUGCACUGUGUUCCACCCUAGAUGACACCGACUCCUCAACUGGCCAUCUGGAGCCUGACUGUUUCCCUGUCCCACAGUCACCUGAUCUCCUCUUCGAUUCAGAAUUAAGAGACCAGCUAAAACCGGAUCAAGUGGAGAGACUCUUUUCCAUGGAUUUGGAUCCCAAGACAACCUUUAAUAUACAGCCAGUGGGUUUGGAUCUGGAUAUGUUGGCACCAUACAUUCCCAUGGAUGAUGACUUCCAGCUGCGGACUACAAAGUCAUUGUGUUCCAGCCCAAGUUUAGGGUUCGAGCUGCCCACCUUCAGCAGCACACAAACUGCCCCUUCUGUCCCAGAAGCCCUUGCAGAGCCAGUGUUCUCAGACACAUCUCAGCAGAACACUGGAACCUCCGAGAAGUACGGCAGCAGAGUAAUUAUUCAAGACAGUGAUAUUUCUUCUAAAUGUCAAACCAGCCAAAAGCUCAAGAGGAAUCUUGAGGCAAUAACUCUCUCUGAAGCAAUAAGACUGGGGUCUGUGAUGCAGGUUAUGGCUGAUAUACCUGAGAAAAAGAUCAAACUGUCAGACAUCUCACCAUCAGAGGGGCUCCAUCACACCACUAUACUGCUGCUGCCAUCUGAUGUUACAUGUUGGAUAAUGAGCAGAUCAUCAGAGGGCGGGGCCAUAUAUAUGCCCCUCCCACAGCUUAACCGUUAUGACUGUGAGGUUAAUGUACCUGUGAAGGCGACCUGCUUACAGGGGGAGGAGCUUUUGUGUGCCUUGGACCUAGUUAUAUGAAUAGCCAUACUUCUUUACAUGAUAUAUUUUGAAGCAAGCUUAAUCGUAAGUUUAUGUUUCUCAUAGACCAAACGUUUUCCCAUGAUGCGGGAGAAAUCAGUGGCAUUUAUGAUUGUAUCCGUUAUCAAUACAGUGAUGAGCCAUCAAAAGCACUGGGAUGAUUUCGCUUUUGAGUAGACCGAAAGACAUGCUGGACAUCGAUAAGAGACUUAUUGAUGCAUAUUAAUAAUUGAGGAAACAGGAAACACUUCUAAAGCAAAUAUUAGCUGCGCUCUGAUAGGUUAGAGCUAAACGCACAAAGAGAAUAUAUUGUACGUUGUAUAAGGUAUGUUGUAUUGUCACACAUCUUUGCGCACAAAUCACAUGGAUUACCAGCAGCUUCUUCAGAAAUGUUAUUUUAUUAGCCCUGCUGUUUUGAUAAUUCAUUUCAAGAAUGUCUAAAUGUGUCUUGUUUCUUCAUCCAGAGCUCUAUGUGUUCCUUAUAAUGCACAUGUAUUUGUGUGUAUAUGUUGUGAAUUGUCUAAAGUGGCAUUUAGUGUUAUUUGUUGUGUUAAAUAUACAGAGUUUAAAAAUGUGUGUGAAAGUAAUCUGCAUUUCAAGAGAGUGAACACAAUCAUAUGACAACUACCUUGAUGUUGAAACUAUUACUCAUUAUUAUUUUUGUUAUUGUUACUAGAGGUUCUAUGAAGAUAAAUCUAUAAAAAUAUCUAGGGCUUUAUAUGUAAAAUGUUCUUUUCUGUAUACUAUCGCUUUUCUGUGUUUAUAGUGAUUUUAGAGAAACAAGAUAUAGUGCAGCCUCUAGUGUCUGAGCUUUGUAACUAUUCUCGGUUUCUCACAUUUUUUUCAGUGCAGUGUCACGUUGUCUUCAGGAAUUUGUAAUGUCUAUAGAAAAUAAAUACAAAUUAAAAUGCUAA